AUGUUGGUAUCACACGGCAUACUGCACGUGUUCAGAGACCUACGCAUCGCCGGCAUUGCAAUUCAUUUUUGGCUACUCUUGACCCAACUAGAGAGCGUGUCCGCAGUCAGUGACAGUGCGAGCAACGACAAUGCCGUCAGCAUAGUCACACCAACCAGUGCUCACCUCGACUUCGGCAUACGUCAGCAACUGCUGGUGGCGCCACCACCGCCGCCGCCGCCACGGCCAUUGAUGGACAAAACAUUGACGACACACUGUGGUAGUGAGGACAACACUAACUGGCGGCCGGUAUGCGCCACAGCAAACAAUGUCGACUAUGUGCUAUUCGGUAGCGAAUGUUUGCUAUGGCAAACCAACCGUGAGCGCCAAGAGUUGGGCACAAGGGAAGUAAGGCCCGUUUUUAGGAAAAUUGCUAUGGGAUUUUGUCGACCAAAUUGUAGUGUUGUAAUUUGCGUACACAACGAGCAAAUGAUUUGUGCGCGGAAUUCACAGAAUGGCGAAAUAUGCAGCUUCAGCGGAGGAGAUUGUGACGUGGCACGGGAUAUAUGCCUAAAUGGCAAUG